CUCAGGUAAUCUGCACCUUACACACACACUGAACUUAAACACACACACACCACUGUGGAGCGGAUUAUACUGCACACACUCGGGACUCGGACACUUCAAACUUUCAUCACACACUGAGGAGGAGCGCAAUGGCCUCCAAUGAGCUGAGCCACAUCCUGAAUAACGCUAACGCUAACCUGUACCCGAGCGAGCCGAGCCUGCACACCAUCAGCUUUCCCACAAUGCACCGCAGCACAGCGUUUAACGACACACACUACUGCAACAACAACAACAACAACAACAACAACAACAACAUACAGAACACAGUCGGUCCGUGGCAGCAGGUGAACCCUCAGUUCUGGAACAGGCGAAAUGUUCUGGACUGGAUCGACUUCCACGUGGAGGAGAGUAAAUACGACGCCACGCUGCUGAACCUGGACUGCUGUAACAUGGACGGAGCGGUGCUGUGCUCCCUCAGCAGGGACGCCAUGAUGGCCGCCUUCGGGCCGCAGCUCGGGGAGACGCUGCACCAGAGCCUUGAGAACCUCAAACACAAACACGUAGAGGACAUCACACAGAACUGCAUGCUGAGCGAGACGUACGAGCUGCUGAGCAACUUCCUGUUUGACCUCCCCCAGUCCCCGUUUAACGACGGUCCCACACUUGACAGCGUGAUCGUCCAGAGCAUUCCCACAGGUAAUAAAGAGUGUGACUCCAGCUACUUCAACGAGUAUAAAACACAGCUAACGCCAGGAAGUGACAACGGCUACGAGUCGUACUCAGAGAGUCUGCAGAGCUCCAUCACAGGAAGUUUCUUGAACCCGAGUUCUCCAGAAUCUGCUGGAAGUGAUUCAGAUCAUGAAUACACAGAGACACACUGCACCUACUCACCAAAGUGCUUCAUUAAGCAGGAGCCCGUGGAGAAGAAGAGACGAGGUCGUCCUCCUAAACUGAGCCGCGGCUCCGAGCACUUUGUCGAGAACAAGAAGAGCAAACAUGCUCCACGCGGUACACACCUGUGGGAGUUCAUCCGCGACAUUCUGAUCCACCCGGAGAAGAACCAGGGCCUGAUGAAGUGGGAGGAUCGCAGAGACGGCGUCUUUAAGUUCCUGAAGUCGGAGGCUGUGGCUCAGCUGUGGGGUCAGAAGAAGAAAAACAGCAGCAUGACUUACGAGAAACUGAGCCGAGCUAUGAGGUAUUACUACAAGAGAGAAAUUCUGGAGCGAGUGGACGGCCGGAGACUGGUCUACAAGUUCGGGAAGAACUCGAGCGGGUGGAAGUUGGAGUAGAUGGGGAUGUGACGGGAAGGUGGAAGGUUGUUAUGAGCAAAGACGUGAUGAAGGAUUGUAGUGUAGAGACGCACGGUUAGCGUGAAGGCUGGUUUUGUACGUAGCUGAACUCCCGGCUCUGAGGGAGGAGCGUAACACAGACGCUGUAAGCCUGUACUGGCUAAAGUAGGUUUUAUGAACCGAUAAUAACCUUGUGUUGUAAUUCAUGUAUCUGCUGAAAAAAAAGAAAAUUUGACAUUUCUAUUGUCCAAUGGGAACGCAGGCGUGACCGUCACAUGACCUCACGUGGGUUACGGUGGGGUUUCUGAUGAAGGGUAUGGAGACUUUUCCAAGGCUGCGUUUCAGUGCUGUUUCUAACACACACUCGUCCACUUCCACUCUGUAUUUCUACACGUUCUCCAGAAGAACUUUACUGACCUCUCUGAAAACUUACAGCUACAACCCAGUAGUGGAGUCUGUAAUGGUCUGGCUUAAAGGUUUCCAUUAAGAAGACCAUCAGAACCCAGUAGGUCCUUUCUGUCAUGAGUAAAUCAGGAACCAUUAGGAACCUCGCGUUCUAUUAAACUGCAGCCCAUUACAUUCCACCAGGAGCACAUUAAAUCCCAUUAGGAACCACUAAACACCUCUGAUUAUUUUCAACCAUUUUGUUCGAAAGAAAUUGCGAGUGCGAUGUAGAUGAGAAACGUGUGGAAGUUGGCAGAGACGUGGUCGAGGGUUCUUUAGGAACAUUUAAACAUUUAGAAACAUUUUCAGGUCUUGUGUCUUCUGGAAAAUAAGUGUCAAAGGUUAAUGUACAGUUUUUAAAUCUGAUUUCUGUUGUUGUUUAUAUGUAGAACAAACUGAAGAGAUAAAAAUCUGAAUGAAUUAUUUUACUGCCACAUGAAGUUUCUACAGAACUACAUCAUCACAUCACACUUAUUAUUAUUAUUAUUACUGUGUUUAUUCUGUUUAAUAUAAAUCAGGCGACAAUCAUGAUGAAUCUGUGUGUGUGUGUGUGUGUGUGUGUGUACAGGGUGAGGGCUUGUUCUGUUCAGAUGGUGUGUGUUUUAAUCACACACACUGUCUCCUGUAUGAGACGUAUUUCUCAGAUUUAUAUGACAGAAACGAUAUUCACACUGUGUAUGACAUAUUGUUCACAUUUUAUAUCAGAAUUUUUUUAAAUAAAGUUUAUGAACUGAAAA